AUGAGCUCACCAACACUUCAAAACUUUACAAACGUCAACGAUCAAGCAUUUCAUCCACUCCUAACGAUGUCCACCGACGAGAUCAAGCAGCGGAAGCGUAAGCAGGAUGACACGGAAGUCGCUGCUCAAAAAAAGGUGAAGAAAGACAAGAAAGAGAAGAAGGACAAGAAGGACAAGAAGGAUAAGAAGGAAAAGAAGGAAAAGAAGGAAAAGAAAGAGAAGAAGGCCAAAAAAGACUCUGCAAAAGAUCAGGAGAAUGCCGUUGAAGCUCAGGUUGAAGCUGACAAUUCCAGCGUCACUAGAAGUCCUACAGAGGAAAGUUCAGUUCCAGACUCUGGCUACGUUGAAAGUAAACUGCUGGCCAAACUUCCUCAAAGCGAGGUGGAUGAAUUUUACACUGAAAACGAGGUCAGUGUGGACGAUCCAAAGAAGCUCAACUUACGUCCACUUUUGUCGUUCGGCCACCUCGAAUUAUCGUCAGAAAUUCAAAAAGAGAUUUCUAAAUUCCCAAAACCUACACCAAUUCAAGCCGUUUCGUGGCCUUAUCUGCUGUCUGGACGUGACGUGAUUGGUGUUGCGGAAACGGGUUCCGGAAAAACCUUUGCGUUCGGCGUUCCUGCAAUCAACAACUUGAUGAAUGCAAAGGGCUCAAGAAAUGCUGGGGUCCAGGUUCUGGUGAUUUCCCCUACCCGUGAGCUUGCUUCCCAGAUUUACGAUAACCUGAUCUUGCUUGCCAAGAAGGCCGGUGUGCACUGUUGCUGUCUGUACGGUGGUGUUCCAAAAGACGAGCAAAGAGCUCAGCUGAAAAAGGCCCAGGUAGUGGUCGCUACGCCAGGUAGAUUGCUCGAUCUAAUCGAAGAAGGAUCUGCCAGACUUGCGAAUGUGGACUACCUGGUGCUCGACGAAGCCGAUCGUAUGCUCGAAAAGGGUUUUGAAGAGGAUAUCAAAAGAAUUAUUGGCUCUACAAAGAGCAUUGGAAGACAAACCCUGAUGUUCACAGCCACUUGGCCUAAGGAGGUGCGCGAAUUGGCUAGUACUUUCAUGAAAGACCCAGUCAAGGUUUCGAUUGGUAACAGAGACGAGCUUUCGGCCAACAAACGCAUUACUCAAAUCGUGGAAGUGGUUGAACCUUUCAAGAAAGACCGUAAGCUACUCGAUCUUUUGAAAAAAUACCAGUCCGGUGCCCGUUCCAACGAUAAGGUUCUGAUUUUCGCUUUGUACAAAAAAGAAGCUGCUCGCGUGGAGAGGAACCUCAAUCACAACGGUUACAAAGUUGCUGCUAUCCAUGGAGAUUUGUCGCAACAACAAAGAACCCAAGCCUUGAGCGAGUUCAAGUCUGGCGUAUCAAACCUGCUGCUGGCCACGGACGUUGCUGCAAGAGGUCUAGACAUUCCUAACGUGAAGACAGUGAUCAAUUUGACCUUUCCAUUGACCGUGGAGGACUACGUUCACAGAAUCGGGAGAACAGGACGUGCUGGCCAGACCGGUACUGCCCAUACGCUUUUCACAGAGCAGGAAAAACAUCUUGCGGGCGCUUUGGUCAACGUCUUGAACGGUGCAGGACAGCCGGUUCCCGAGGAUCUCAAAAAGUUCGGUACUCACACCAAGAAGAAGGAACACAGUGCUUACGGUGCGUUUUACAAAGACGUUGACACCACCAAGAAGCCCAAGAAAAUCACUUUCGAUUGA